UUGUCUCCAUUGGCUCAUACACCAUCCCCAACUCAGUCCUCGCCACCUCCUUUGCCUGGGCACACAGUCGGAAGCUCCAACACCACCCAAACCUUUCCUGCCAAACUACACUCAUCCCCACCAAUCAUAAGGCCUAGACCCAAGAGUGCCGAGCCACCCAGAUCACCACUACUCAAAAGAGUGCAGUCAGCAGAGAAACUUGGGUCACCGCUUUCAUCUUCAUCCGAGAAGAAAGGUGGGAUCGGGGUGAUGAGGAAACACAGUUUGGAGGUUGGACAUUCGGAUUAUCGUAAGGAUGGUUUCCACUGUGAGCUUGGCCUCCAGAGCUUGGUGGAAAUUGAGGGUGAGAAUCUGCCAUCUGCCCCAACAACUUCUCCUUCACCCACUCAACCGACCCCAUCACUGCCUGAAACGGGCGUUCUGAAGCCAGUAAGGAAGCUAGGCAGGCAGGAGUCACCUUUGAGUAGAGAUGCUUUGCUUGCCGGAAGAGAAAGGGAUCGAGACAAGGAGAGGAUUGGUGAACCAAGUCAUCCUAGUGAGCCUAAACCAGGGGCGGUCAAAGAAACACUCCCUCCUGGUGGCAUUAUUCCACCUGGAAGUAAGAAAUCUCCAAGUGUUGAAGCAUCUCAGCGGCCUCCUUCCACUCUACAGGAAAGUUGCCUAGCCAAGCCUCAGACUUGGCAGCCUCCAUUGACCAAGUCUUCUCCGGUAGCAUCAGAGUCCAAGCCUAGUGUAGUCGCCUCCAUUCCAUCACCCCUGACUACAGCAUCUUCCCCAUCUGCCAAAACAACAGAUCCAAGUUUCAUCAAGGAAGCAGGAAAGGAUGACCAAGGAAGUCUUACAAAAGUUGCCCAAAACCAGGCAAUAGGAACCACUAAGCCUUCAUGCUCUGCAAGUGUAUCAGGUGUUAUCAGCAAAGACUUGUCGGAGAAGGAAGGGGGAAAGGAUACUGGGAAGAAAGAGGUAAAACUAGAUUUUGGGAAGACUUCAGCUUCAGUCAAGCCAAGUAUGCCAUGCAGUGCUCAUGGGAAGACAACGAGCACAGAGGUAACCAAAGCAAGUAAGGGACCAGGUGACGGAGAGGGUCUCAAAAAGAACGUCUUAGAUUCCCAUACCAGAACUUUAGAUGUCAGGGCGAGGACUGCUCCAUCCAAAGGGGUUGUCCCAUCUCACCCACCCCAGGCGCAGUGCUCUGCUUUGGGAAAACUUAGGCAGGACAAGGGCUUAGCUCCGGUCAGCUGCUACCGGGGAACAUUGGAUUGGGAGGACAAAUGU